AACACAUGCAGUGCGUCCAACAAUUCGGAAUUUGCUGUACGUUUGGAGGCACACAAAUCUGUUAGGCAUGUAAACGCCGCUAGGCUAUUCUUUUUUCGUGGCGAAUGGAGAAGUCAGUGGCGGAGCAAAAUCGCCCGGCUUGAAAGCUGAAAAAACUCGUGGGUGAUUCCGAGAUAAUGUCGACCACCUCGUUGCCCCUCGCCUUCUCUCUACCUUCGCGACGCUCUCCACCCUCAAUCUCUCCUUUCCUCCGAUAUCUAAAGCUCCACCACUGCAAAUCCUCGCCUUUCUUCCGGAACCCUAGCAUUCGACCACUUUUCGCUUCAGUCAGUGUCGAAGCACCGACUGUCGAAGCACCGAAGAUGGCUCCUUCCCAUCCCUCCUUCCUCGAUCACAAGGAGUCAGGCGUCCUCCAUUUCGUCAAGUACCACGGCCUUGGAAACGAUUUCAUUAUGGUGGAUAAUCGGGAGUCAAUGGAGCCUAGGGUUACACCCGAUCAGGCGAUGAAGAUCUGUAAUCGCAACUUUGGCGUUGGCGCUGAUGGUGUUAUUUUCGUGAUGCCAGGGUUCAACGGCACGGAUUACACCAUGAGAAUUUUUAACUCGGACGGCAGUGAACCAGAGAUGUGCGGUAAUGGCGUACGGUGUUUUGCUCGGUUCAUUGCUGAGCUAGAAAAUCUGCACGGGACGCAGAGGUCAUCGACAGACGAUUUCGGCGCGUGUAUCAGAGACGACGUCGGAGAUCGACGGCCAUGAUAGAGGGCCUUUACUACUGACGACUUGUUGUACCUGCAUUUCAUUUAGUACUUGCUUAUUUUCCGUUUUCCCAUUUUACCCUUGUGGGUGUUUGUUUUCUCUUGUAGCCCGAGGGGCAUUUUAGACUUUGUACUUGCUUUCAUUUGGAGCCUAUUUAAAGGGCCCUUGUAUCUUGUAUGAGCUAUGGAAUUAUUGAAUGAAAAUUUGCUUUUGUGUGUUCUCUUUGUGAGUUCCACCCUUUUGAUCUCUUAGUGAGUUCUUUUAGAGAUCUCUUAGUGAGUUCUCUAGGUAGUUACAUGCAACCUUCGUCUUCUCCACCAAAUCUCCCGCAAGCAAAGGUCAACAGUUGGAAGGAGCCGAAUUUUCUCGCGAGCAUUAUCACCAUUGGAGCCCUACCCGCCAGCCCACCCUAGCCCCACCGGCCGGCCACCUUGCCGCCGGCCUUCCUCCCUCUCCGCCACCUCUCCCCAUCUCCCUCCCCAACUCCACAUUGAAAUUUGAAUUUCAUAUUUCAAUUUGUUUCUAAAUUUGGAAUUUCUAUUUAUGGAAAGUUUGUGAAUGAAUCCAAAUUUAAAAUUACAUUAAUUUGGAUUUAUUUUAAAACUCUCCUAGUCAUCAAAUCCUAUUUAGAAACCUCCCUCCUCUCCCUAAUUCCCUCUCUCCCUAGCCAUGCCGCCGGCCCCCAAUCUUGCUUCCCAUUAAUUACCCAAUUAACUCCCUAAGCCUAUUUGAAAUUCAAAUUAGGAUCAAUUAUUUUUCCCUUCCCUUGCAUAAAAAUUGAAAUAAUUUCAGUUUUUGAACUCCCUCUCUCCCUCUCUUCCUACCGCCGGCUCCCCUUGGCAUCUCCUUAAUUGAUUUUCCUUUAAUGCUUUAAUUACAUUAAUUGGAAAUUCAAAUCUCAAAAUUUCUUCCCUCCCAAAUCCCUUAAACUGAAAUUAAUUUCAGUUUUCUACAUCAAACCACAAAUUUCCCCUCUAUCUCUACCGCCGGCCUCCCCUCUUCCUCCUCUCCAAGCCGCCACUUCCUCUCCGUGCUCUUGGUGAUCGCUCGUCCUCAAAUUCAUGGUGUAUGGCGGAUCCCGCCGUUGAUCAAGGACUCUUCUACGACAUCUACAGAAAUAUCCACGUCUUAAGAUCUCCUUUCUUUGACGUCGAAUUUGGUUUCGACAAUACCGUCGAAGAUUACUUGGACCGGAUUCUACCUAGUUGACGCCUACGACGAUCAAUUCUCCGACUACACGUGGAUCAUUAAAAAGUCGUCCUCCCGUGACGCCUCCACCUCCGAGUUCCCUCUCCUUGGUGACGUUCGUUGGCUCCUCCCUCAUCGUGGCAACCUCACUACUAGCUUGGACGAUCUUCCGCCGCUCAACCUAGUUUCGUAGGAAAGAGAGAAGAGGUCUCAAGGUGAACAACUCCUUAUUAAUUGUUGGAUUUAAUUCACUAGCUUUUAACUUUACUUUCCCCUUUGCAUUGGCUUGAAUCGAUCGGUCAAUUUUCAUUGUAAUUCUUUAACCUAAGCAAAGUGGAACUCUACGAAUUCUUGUAACCAAUUUUAAUUUGAAGCAUGACUUUAUAAACGGUUAAGCUCUUAUUUAAUUUCCUUUUCUUAAUCAUGUGUAACUCAAUUCAUGCAUCACAUCACACUUCGUGUCCAAACCUGGCACAUCCAGUUUCCUAAGAAGUCCAAUCUCCGCCCAAACCGGUAACUGAAAUUCUAUAAAUUUAUGCACUUAAUGAAGUAAUACUGAUUUAUAUUCAUUUAAAAAUUAAGUAAUGGAAGAUUCAAUAAAUCAGUCCAUGUAAACCCAAGUGCUUCAUGUAUUCAGUUGACUUAAUACCUGCAGGACCGGUCCGAAUCUACUUUAGAGGUUUUUGACAUUCCAAAAUAUCCUUAGAUCAGCCAUUAUACCAAUUCAAACUAGCUAUUUUUGCUAAGAUCACAUUGGUUUAUUCCUGUAAAUUUGACCUUCUCUUGUAUCAGUUAUAAUGACAUUUCUGUAUCCUCUAUCUCGCAUUGAUGAUGCCUUCUCUCUGAGACUUUUGAAAUAAGCUGGUGGAGAAAGAUGCUAAUAGUUGAGGUUCACAAACAAAGCCUUGGUCAUUAUCCAUAGCUAUAACUGCUAUCUCUGUAUGCUAUUGUUUUCAAUCACAAGUAAUACCUACAUUGCAAAUGAACCGCAAGAGAAAAAGUGAUGAGAAUAUUUAUUAGCUUAUGAGAAAACAAGGUGCUCUACAGCUUACAAGAAAAGUGGCAAAAUAUUUUAGUACUUUAUAGAAAGAAAAAAAAAAUUUUUGAUGGUUUAAUUCUCUUAAAUGGUCUAAAUGGUAAUCAUACAACAAAAAAAGAGGCACGUCAUAAUAAAUAGUGGCUAAAUAUUCGGAUAAAUCUCUGCUUAGUAUAUUAAUAAGAAACUUGUUAACUUGCAGAUACUGUUCUUGGAUGAAUGCACUGCAAAUGUUGACACACAGACAGCAUCCGUACUACAAAAUACUAUCUCGAAUGAAUGUAGAGGCAUGACAGUGAUCACAAUAGCUCAUCGAAUCUCUGUAGUGUUAAAUAUGGACUACAUUCUAGUUCUUGACAAUGGAACCUUGGUUGAGCAAGGAAACCCACGAGCUUUGCUAAAAGACAGUUGCUCUAGAUUUUCAGGUUUUGCUCGUGCUUCUUACUCUGCCAGCAUUAACAGUUGUGAUUAAAUGUUUGGAGUUGUUUGUAAAGCAAUUUUCCUUUUAAUUGAAACUAGUAGGGACACCUAACCUCGACUGAAACCUUAUGUGUUUAUCCUUAUCUGUCCUGACGAAUUUAACAAACUAUAUGUAUUGAGUUUGAUUCUUUCGAAUUUUUACUGGAUGAUUUUGUUGCAUUA